ACCGAACUGCUCAAGAUAUGAGUCUUGCGCUAUGCUAAGAAUUGAAAGUUGGCGAUAACGGAGCCAAAAGUAAUGAAAGUAAUAUACUUUGAUUACAACUUUAAUCUUUUACAACGAUUUUGCUUUGCGUGUCGGCAAGGUUAGAACUGAUGGCUGAAAAAGUGAUAAAUGACUUUGACAGUCAGUAAUUUAUUUCGUUUCGCUUUUCUUGAAAUUAAAGUUGCAAUAAAAAGGCGAAGAAUUGUUUGCAAGCCAAAACGGUUCAACUAAGUAUGCAGAACGAGCCAAUUUCAUGAAUGUUAAAUGGAACGCUGAAGGCGCUUGUCAGGUAAUGGGCUUUCAGCUGCGGUUUUAUUACGAUUCUCCCUGGAAUAUGAAUCUGUUUAAACUUGUUUGUUUUGUAACUAUUAACUGUGGGGACCUUGAAAAGCGGGCGGCAAGCAGAAACAAUGCACGAUUUUAUUCAGUGAAUGUCAACCUCGCUGACAAACUGAUCGGUUCUCAGUCUAAACUUGUUAUUAAACUUAUCUGUCGUCGUACAAGAUCACCGAUCAUAACUCUUCAUGCAAAAUCUCUCAAGGCAUCACGCUUGUUUAAAAAGAAAGGUGUAAAUGUUUGCAUUUUCUGAAAGACAUUUAGUAGCGGCUUGAAGGGGGUCUUUCUCUUUCUUUAUCUUAGUUUGUAAUCGAAUGAUUGUUGUUAGUUGAAUUAUUAAAAGCAGUGUCACUAGGUGAGUAUCAAGUUUGGCUUCAGACAAGAAUGAUGCAUUUAUCUUUAUUUGGAUGAUGAAUGAUGGAGGUUACAAAUUAUGCCUGCUAAACUAUUCAUGUAAGCGCGUGUAUUUAUUAAUUAAUGUGUCUGCUUGUAGGGUAAAAUGCAACUUCAUAUUUCCUGGAUUCUGCUGGUGUCGAGCGCUUCUCUAUCAUCUGCUCAAUUACCAAGCAACAAUGACGACGAAGAGGAAGACUCCAGCCCCAGGACCAUGCCAGACUUCUGGUUGUAUGGAGACAUUAAACUAACUGACCACCAAAAAGCUCUGCUCGAUGUACCGGUCGGCGCGGAUGACUUCGUACACCAGCGAAAACCGCCGGCCGCUACCCGAGAGAAAACCCUACUGUGGGAGGGAGGAGUCAUUCCUUAUGUGUUCGACUGCAGUAUGAAAAAUAUGCCUGAACUUCAGAGUAUUGUUCGACUGGCUAUGGAUGACUGGGAAUCUAAAACGUGCCUCAAGUUCGUGGAAAGAACGAACGAAAAGGACUAUGUCACUUUUUUCAGGGGAUCUCAUUGUUACAGUACAGUGGGAAAAGCGCGGUAUGAACGCAGGGAAGUAUCUGUUGGAUCCGGGUGUGAGUAUCAUCACGUGAUGGUGCAUGAGAUAGGUCACGUGAUUGGAUUCUGGCACGAACAGAGCAGACCCGACAGAGAACAAUACGUGAAGAUAAUUUGGAAAAACAUCAACAGAGGUUGGGAGCACGCCUUUCUCAAACAAACAUGGCAAGCCGUCGAUUCUUUGAACACGCCGUACGAUUAUUCCAGCAUCAUGCAUUACAAAUUGAACGCCUUCUCUCGAUCAUCAAGAAAAAAAACAAUAGUACCCCGAAAGAAUGUUCGGGCCCGCCCCUAUAGGAAGAUUUCCAAGAUUGACGCUCUUCAGGUCAAAAGGAUGUACAAUUGUGAUGGUAAGAAUCGAUCUUCUGCAAAUACUUCGAAUAUCCAAGCAAUUAAGCGUACAAGACGAGCCGUGACGAAAUCUGAGACUGGGGGCUUGGUAACCAUUAGAGGACCCAGUUCCCUUUCAGAAAAAGUGGCGAGCAAAAAGAACCAAGAUCCAAACUGCAAAGAUUUGAGUAAGGCUUGUCCCUACUGGGCCAAGAAAGGUUUCUGUAAGACGCGUCGUGACUUUAUGCUGAAGGACUGCAAACUAAGCUGUAACGCGUGUAACAUAGAAGCUGAGACUAAAAAAGUGUCUGUGGAAGAAUGUGUAGAUGCCAAGCACGCUUGCGCAUUCUGGGCUAAAAGCGGCUUCUGUGAGAGUCGGCCAGACUUUAUGCACGUCAAAUGCAAGAAAAGCUGCCGUGUUUGUAAUGAAGACAGAUGCAUGGAUCGCGAUCCACGUUGUCGUGCUUGGGCGAGAUGGAAAUACUGCACUCACGAAAAAUACAAGAAUAUCAUGAUGCAGGCGUGUAGGAGGAGUUGUGCGUUUUGCGUCGCUGAAACCCACGAUUGCAAGGACCGUGAAAAGUCUCGCUGCCCGAGGCUUAAAGAAGAAGGAUACUGCGAGUCAACCAAUCCUGAUGAACGGUUGUCAAUGAGAAAUAAUUGCGCUUUGACAUGCAACUUCUGCAGAAAAAUUGAAAACGCCGUAGUUAAACAGAGGUUGUCUCCCUGUGUGAAUACUUUCAAAGCCUGUCAUGGCUGGUCCAGACUUGGUUACUGUUCUUCCAACAGUAAAGAACGUUUUAUGCGCGAGUACUGCAGGAAAAGCUGUAACUUGUGUGCCUCCAUUGAUCCAGAUUACUUAACUGAGAAAUGUUUAGACAAUGACAUCUUGUGUGAAGAUCUUAAAGCUCGAGGAUACUGUGAAUUAGAGGACAGGAAAACGUACAUGGCAUUCAACUGUAAGAGAACUUGUAACCUAUGCCGCAGAAGAAUAGCAAUGCCUACACCAUGUACAGACAAACACAGGUAUUGCAAAUACUGGGCUGCUCGCGGUGAUUGUCACAUCAAAGCAUUGUUUAUGAUAAAACACUGCGAACGGAGCUGUAACCUCUGCGACUCAACUGGAAUAUACGAGAUAAAUACUCCACGUCAAAAGUCGCCAUGCUUUGAUAAGCACAAAAACUGUCCCAAAUGGAGCGACAGUGGUUACUGUGAUAUUUAUUCCAAUUACAUGUACAAGAAAUGCCCGCUCAGCUGUGAAGCCUGCUACCCAGAGGAGGAGAAUAAAUCGGUGGAGCCCUGUAAGAACAAGGGGGAUGACGCUAACUGUGAACACUGGGCAGGACUUGGGUUCUGUCAGAGGAGACCUGAAAUCAUGAUUGACAAAUGUCAACAUGCUUGUAAUUCAUGUCCAAAAGAACCGGUCAAACUUGUACCAGCUGAGCCGAAGGGUAUUAAGUGUAAGGAGGCUUGUAAAAAGUGGCUUGAGCAAGGACACUGUUCGACUAGAUGGAGAAAUCGAUGCAUCAGGACUUGUUUAGCCUUAGGAUGUGAUGAGGAACCUGUUAGACCCGCGGGAACCUGUUCUCAGCCUCUGGGUGCGGGAUGGAACUUCACGCUGCCGGACAGCGCCUUUAAUGCAUCUUCCAGCUUCUUUUCAGGUUCGUGGGACUUCGGUGCUUACAACGGUCGACUGUAUAAACAGGACGAUCGCAUUAGGAAGAGAACCGGCUGCUGGUGCGCAAGAAAUAAAAAGAAAGAACAGUGGCUCCAAGUGGAUCUUGGGAAAAUCAAGUUCGUUACAGCUGUUGCCACACAAGGACGUGAUAAAUAUUAUGAGCAUGUAAAGUCAUAUGAACUAGCUUUUAGUAAAGAUGGACAAAGGUGGAAUCGAUACAAAGAGAACGGCAGGAUUAGGGUUUUACCGGGGAACUGCGAUAACUUUACUCCAGUGGUCAAUAGGUUGAUUAGGCCAAUCCAGGCCAGGUUUGUCCGGUUUUAUCCCAGAACGUAUAAGAACAUUUGUAUGAGAGUAGAGGUGUAUGGAUGUAGCAGGCACAAAGGUUAUGAAAAGAAGAAAGCACCACCUCCCGUAUUUGGAUUACUCUGAUGACCGGCAGACGACAUCAUCGACCUGGAACUCAUACAUUCGAUAGAGCAAGUAGUUCGCACGCGCUGUGGAAAUGCUUCGGCCGCUGACUGCCGAUUUUGCGGGCGCGGGGAAAAUGGCGGGAAAAAGGCGCAGCUCUAAGUAUCUGUCACGCAGUCACUAAAGUCUGGUUUUCACUAGCGACGCAAGCACAAGCGCAAGCACAAACGCAAGCAAUAGGGAUACCCAAGUGAAAACGAAAUUCGACGCAAACACAAGCACAAGCAAAAUCAUCAGAACAUUCCAAACUUUUUAGGCGCAAGGUACUCUGGAUCCAGUGCUUUCAUUGGCCAAACGUAACCACGUGUGGUAAACAUUCUUGUGCUUGUGUUAUGCCUAAGCGAUAUUUCAUUUUCAGUUGUUGCAUCCCAAACGCAAGUAUGAGCGCAAGCAAAAGAAAAAGGAAAAAUUUGGAUCCUUGAGCUUAUUCUUACGCUUGUGCUUAUGCCUGCCUCAAGGCCGUUUUCACGGUGAAAUAAGAAUUAUUGUACCUGCGCUUGUGCUUGCGUCGCUAGUGAAAACGAGGCUUAAAAGAGAGUCUUAAUCGCAACACUAAGAUUUUUUCACUUAGUAUAGACCUGUUUCAAAUACAGACGUAGCAUUUUAACGUGCUGUUUCUUUGCUUUAUACCACAUUAUUAAACGUGUUUCAUAUCAUACAAGAAAAACGUUCCACGUGCCUCGUAUUUGUGUUUAUUUAAAAACAGACUUGCAUGUGUUCUCUGUGUGUAGCGCAGACAGAAAAAAAAAACUUCGGGUGACGGAUUCACUACGAAAAUAAGUAUAGUUCCCCUGUUGGUGUUUAAAAUAGCGGCUAGUAUGUCAAGCAGUGAUCCGUGAAAAAGGGACUAUUCAGCUAUUCAUCACCAGGGCCGAGUUGUUCGAAAACCGGUUAACGCUAUAUUAAACCCACGAUUAAAAGUUAAUAGAAGUAUUAAUUUUUCCUGAAUAAAAAUGUUUAUCACUACUUAUGUUUUGUGGAGUUUGAGAUUUUUCAAACUCAAAACAGAAGGACAAACAAUAUAUAAAUUGGCAAACAUACCGAAAGGUAACAAAACUUAAAUCAAAAUUCUCGCUAAUCCUGGGAUAACUUAAUCGGGUUUUGAACAACUCGGCCAGGGUGUGAACGCGUAGUUAAAUAAAUACUAGUUAUUUGUGUUAAAUUAAAAUAAUUGAUAUUUGAACAAUAUGUUAGGAAAUACUGUAAGCUUUAUGUGACUAUCCAGAACUUAGCUGUGGUUUUAUCCUGUAUCAUUAGACUAUGAUUUCUUACCUGUACAAAUUGCAUUCGUCCUUCGGGCUCGUGCAAUUUGGUUAGCCUUUGAAAAAUUUACUCGUGCAAAUUGCACUCGAAAUCAUGUGAUUACCUAUACUAAU